AUGCCUACUCGCCGUCCGUCUGCUUCUGCAGGUCAACCAGGGAACACAUAUAGUAGCGCCUCAGGCAGGUCACACAAGAGCUCAGACUCAUACCAUGGCCACCCUGGUGCCGGCGCGUCGACGUCCUCGGGACAUCCCCCUCAAGCGAAUCCCGGAAACCCACAGCAACCGGUGGUAGCUGCUCUCGUUAAACGGCUUGGUGGGAAGAGAGACCUGCAUCAGCAGCCCGAGAACCCUACGAUCCAAGUCCUCCAAUCUCAACUGUUUGUCCUCAAGGUGCUGUCACUGGCGAUGGCAUCCCGCUGGCACCCUGACCCGUCGGCGUCCAGGUCGAUGGACGCCAGGUCCUCGGAGUCCUCGACCAUGGUUGACUCCCCUCAAACGACGGGUUCCCGGGCUGCCCCGUCAAUACGCUCGACGUGGACAGAACCCACUCCCAUGGACGAUUCAUGUGCAAAAUACCUUUUGAGCGUGAUGGUCCUGUUUCUACGACAAACCAUGACCUACGACGUCCCUUUGAUGCUCGCCACGAACUCUACCGAUCUCUCUUUCCGCGAUUAUGAACUCCAUGACACCAUGAACAUCACGAUGACCCCUGAGAUGGAAGCCGUGUUGGAGGCUGCAGCCGCCGCUGCAGGUGGCGGCGGGGAUAACGGGGAACCGUCAUUACGCUCGCAGCGGUCAGCUAUGUCUGUAAAGUCCGGCAAGAUGAGCAUCAGUUCCACCCUCUAUUCCACCGUUGCACCACGCGCCUACGAGAAGACACAUCUUUCAUUGCUUCAGAACCCUGCCGCUGUGAAUAACCUCAUCGCAAAGGCAACUGGUCGGGUCAUCUUCCACCUUUCAGUCAUGAAUUGGCCUGUAGUUUACCACAGGCUAAGGGCCAAGAUUCGAUUCCUGGGAGGUACGGCAGAUGACCCCGACCACGUUGACCUCCAAUUGAUGGCAUACUCGAACCUGGAUCGUCCACUACUUGUCAGCAUUCUCAACGAUGUCAGUUCAUUACUGGUCAACAUGGGACGUGAUGCACAGGUUGCUAUCGCCAUCUCUCUUCGAACAGCGCUCUGGAACUGGAUAGAGCGAUACCCUGGUCAAUUUAACGAGGUCAUUAGAACAAGAGGGAAGACGGAAGGCGCCCCGGAACGCGUCUUUGACUUGCUCUACCCGUCGGCCCAUGGAAACGAGAGGAUCCUGUGGCCAUGUCUGAUUUUGCUCAACUGCAUGAGUUAUGACCGCAUCCAAGCCGACGUCCAGUCGUCACAGUAUGGCACCCCCAAACGGAAGGAACAACGAUUUGGUCAAGAACUCGUCCGACAUCUCCACUCGAACUCCAAGCUCUCAGAGGUCGCUUUGGCGUGUGCUGUGGACUUUUGUCGCGUCGCGGCGUUUGUCGAAGGCAACGACGAAGUUCCCAUCCUCCUCAUUGCCUCCGACUUGGCGCACGAGAUCAAAGGAGCCCUCUGGAAUAGCAUGUCAAGGAAAGCCUUCUGGGAGACCUUUGACGAAAUCGACGUUGCACUUUACGCUGACGCCUUGGUUGCUAUCUUCCGUUUCUUACCCGAGGAGGACUCUAUACCCAUCUUCUGUGUCUGCAUAGAGCCAGAACGUUCUGAGGCUGUCAAGACCUGUGUCAUUCGAGCAUGUCUGACGCUCAACCAAGAUGCCGCCCGUAUCAAGAUGCAGAAGCCAUUAGACAGACUGCAGGAUGCCAUUGCUCACAGAUGUCGCGCCGUCCUGACGAGCACGGCGGUACGACGGCCGGAGUUAGAUCAGUACGGCAACGUCAAGCGGAUCUCGAGUCGACCAAAGGGCAAGAGGACGCCAUCAGAGACGCUCAGCGACAAAGAGAUCCUCCUGCUUUCCAUCCUUUCCAUCUGGAGGCAGAGUCCCAUGUUCUUUAUGAAGGGUAUCACGGAGGCAGAGAUGGAGACUUGGAUUACGAUGACCGUGAAGUUGUGGGAUGCUCAGAUGGACACGACGGUCAAGGUUUCGACUGCGAGUUGUUUGCGCAAAGUCACAGAGUUGAGCUUCCUGGUCCCGCCAACGGAUAAAGCUGGAGAACUUACGGUUGAGAGUCUGAAGCGCUCAUUGCCAAUCACGCUCCAGAGCGUGUGCCACAACCUCUUGAAUUCCAGGGCCGACGCCGACGCUCACCAUCUCUGGGUAUCCUUGGCUCACUCUAUCGUUGACAUUUACAGCAAGAGAAUCGAUAUGGAACACGUUCGAGCAAUUCAACUGGAUGAACGUCGAACACCUGCCCUCACCCUCGCGGAGAUCGCUCUGAUGGUAUCGUUGACUGCCUCCGACGUCAACAUCUCACACCUUGCUGCGAAGUCACUGCGACUUUUGGCCCAAGUUGAGCAGCGCCCGAACGCGCCUUCAUCUCCCAUUCUCGGUGAAGAGGAGUUCAGCAAACGGAACUUUGUCUACGAACAGAUCGGUGAUCCUCGGGUAAUGGUGGUAGGAAGAGUGGGGUACCAGAAGCGACUCCGGAAGCUCAUCAGGCUGAUCUCCUAUAGCUCUCCCAUCCAUUCAGCCGUUUGGGCAGAGUGCUACGGUCGAUGGAGGUCUAUUUCUCAGCCAGUGUACGAGGCAUUGAACGAGGAACUCAAUGGGAACACGAGUUUACGAUCUGCGUUUGGUGGACAGCAUCAGGAAUUCCGUUUCCAAUGGCAAAAUUUGACGCUGUUCCUGGCCACGCUCUGCGGUACUUGCACUAGCGAGAAGCCUGAUAUGACCACCCUCAUCAACACCAUCCCCUCCGAGUUCAUGCCUGACAAGAUUCGCGUCUUCCAACAUAUCCCGGCCCUCGCGGAGACCUUCAUUAGCGAUCUGAUUAGCUUGCUGAUGCACCAUGACGCAUUCAUUCGCGACACUGCUCGAGAAGCUUUGGGAUCAGAACUCAGCCCUCGGUUCUAUCCCAAGCUUAUCCGGUUCAUGGACGAGCAAAUGAGGAGUAUCGAACAAGGAGCUGGUCCCAAGCUCAAGGAAGACUACAUUCUGUUCCUCGAUCAAUUCAUCGCUGUCCUCAAGCUCCUCGCCGACAGCCAACACGGUCCUCAGGAAGACACGAUCACCAUCGACAUCAGCUCUCUAAUGCUUUCGAUUGCUGAAUUUAUCGCUCGAUACGAAGAGCCAGCCUCUCAUCGAAUCAAGAUCAAGUUCUGCGUGCUCGCCAAAUCCAUCUGCGACAACUCUGAAAUCUUGACAAUCAGGAAGGACAAUCAAAUUCGCAACAACAUCCUCGACAUUGUGUUGGACUGGCUCCAACCUUUGGCGAUAAUGCCGAACGGAUAUAUGGAGCACGACAUGGCCCAAUCCGAGCUCAACAUGGCUUGUCUUCGGACAGCGGUCAAGCUUCUCGAUCGACUGCAACUUCAGACGACUGAGGUCACGAACUCCGCCGACGAAACUUUGCACGUGGUUUCCGGUCUCUUCAAACGCUACGCGGACCGUUUACUGCAGUGUUUGGACAAGUAUCGGUUCGACGUACCGACCUCGGAUAGCACCUCUGAAUUGGGUUCCGUUCAUCAGCGUAUGAAGACCUCACAGAAGGAAGCAGAACUCCGCGACCUCGUCAUCACAGGCCUUACCCACCUUGUCAGCUCGAAUAGCGAGAGCGGCUUCAAGCAAUGCCUACACCUUGCCUAUGACUCGGAUCCCAGGAAGCGGACGAUCUUUGCUCACGUUUUCGCCCGUGUUCUCGGUGAGGGUACAAUAUUUGAGCCACCGGAAAAGGUUCCACCACCCAACAAGUCCGCUCGUUUCUCUGAUUUGCUUCGUGGUUCAGACAUGGUUCUCGCUAUGACCAUCUGCGAGAUCUGUCCCCCCAGCGAGGUUGACAUGAUCAUCUCAUGCCUAUUAAACGUCUUCGACAGUCGACGUUCCUUGAUGGCUCUCAUGAAGCUCAUCAUUGAGCGGGAGGUUUCGCAAACUGACUCUGAGGCCGCCCUUUUCCGUAGCAAUUCGACGUGUACGAGAUUACUUUCUCAGUUCGCGAGAAUCCAUGGCUACGCUUACCUCCGAAGCAUCAUCGCCCCCCUCAUUCGAACGCUGGUCUCUGCUCCCGAGGGUGAGGUUGCUGGUGGCGGGCCCAAUGUUGAGUUCCUGGCCUCGAUGUUCAUCAACAUCGUCAUUUCCUCGAAGAACAUUGUCCCUCCGAUGAUCCGUGAGGUUUGCGCCCAUAUCGGCAAGACUGUGGCGGAACUGUGGCCAGAUUCCAGAUUUGCGGCCCUCGGUGCCUUUAUCUUCCUUCGGUUUAUCUCCCCUGUCAUCGUUUCCCCUGAAGCCAUCGACAUCGAACUGCCCAAAGACAAAGAUGAUCCAUUGACGAGGAGAGGACUGAUGGGUGUUGCGAGAUUCGUUCAGAACCUUGCCAACCAUGCCCUCUGGUCGAAAGGUGGCGAGGUUCAGGCGAGCCAGAAGGAUCCCACUACGCGGGAGAAUCUUGCCAAGAUCACCGACUUCUUGGAGAACCUACAGGAGAUACCCGCAUCGCAAUCGGAAGAUAAUGAUGUUUGGCAUGGUCUGACCCCGGACGACACCGACAUUAUCGUGCUCCAUCGCUUCUUCGACAAGCAUGCAGACAAGAUUGGGAAGGAACUGCUCAGCCUGUCAAAACCUUCGUCGGAGGGCGACAUCUCUGCGAUCAACGGGAAGCGAGCUUGGGAUGGCCUUUGUGCUUUAUUGGUCGACCUCGGUACACCUUUAGAGGUUCCUCGCCCAUCAUUGGCCAACUCUACCGAGCACCAUGAAUACCUGGACCUGAUGGCCGAGUGCAACGGCCGAAGCACCACUCGCGUUCGUGAUUUGUUUGUAGAGACGGAGCUAGGAGACGAUGAUGCUGCUUACUUUGUCUUCCGAUUCUCGAAGGUGGAUGUAGAAGAUCUCGAUAUCCAGCUGUUGAUGUACCACAUAUUCAAGACCGCUACAUCUGAGCCAUACCUUGAUCGCCCAUUCGAUGUCAUCAUCGACUGCACUGCGUUCUCCUCGAUCUCUGAACUACCACUUCAAUGGCUGAAGUUCUGUGCAGAGGUCGUCCCGGCAGACAUUCGAGCUCGAUUCCGCACUGCCCAUGUUCUCAAUCCCAACCACCUCGCCCACAAGUACCUUCGCCGAUUGUACAACGUCUCUGCAGGCACACCGUACUGCAAUGACAUCCGAGCGUACGUUUCUGUCGAACAACUGCUUGAUUCCGGCGUUCCACCUGAAGUUCUGCCAGCAUUGGAAUAUCCUGUGACGAUUGAACAAGAGCCCGUCGAAGGAUUUUUCCCGUCCAUCACUUUCAAGAAGGAACACAUGCGAACUUCUGUUGAUCUCCAAGUAACGUCUAGACACAUCAAGUUCACGACGGCCAAAGCAUCUGCCAUCUCCCCAGGCUUCGCUUCCAGAUAUGUGGAGAUCAUUCCUCUGUCAGAAGUGCUCGACACCUACAACAUCUUGACCGGCGAACCAACCCAGAACAACGAGUUCAUCAUCCGUCGCCGCCACCAGCACCUCUACUUCUUCUCGACAGAGCGGGAUACUAUCGUCAAGACCAUUCGCUCAGCCAAGGGCAAGCUAAAGGAGAUCCAAUCGCCGCUCACAGAACGAUUCUCCCGCUUCUCCAACAUCCCUGCAACCUUACUCCAUAUCGGUUUCCUUAGUGUCGAUCCUAACGAUGAAGAGCUGCGGGGAGCGGCUUACAACCUGCUGGGUGCAAUCUGUACAUACCUCAAGUACGACAAAUCGCCCAUAGUAGCUCGCAAUGCCGGAUUCAUCCCAGGCGAUCCCUUCACCUUCGUCAACCAUCUUAGCGAGAAGCUCGCCGAAUUCGCACCUCGUCUGACAUUGGACUUCAUUCAUGAAGUUUCGGCAGCUAUGUCGAGUAUGGACCAGAGCGCUGUUGCUCAACGAAUCAACUGCCUCCAUUACAUGAGCCCGUGGAUUCGGAACCUCUCCAUGUUUGUCAAUCCGACCAGUCCUUUGUACGAAAAGUCGGGAACGCGCUUCCGUGAUUGCGUUAGGACAUUGGCGGACCUCUCCUUGACGUACCCCGAGACGUCAUCGACCCUUCAGAAGUUCGUUUGGGCGGAAAUGGCCAAGCUGGAGACCUAUGCUACUGACACGAUCCUCGAUGAACUCGUGCGAGCUGCAAUCGAUGGAGGAAUUGGUACCCGAAGAUGCGAGAUCGUUGCCCAGAUCAUCGCAACACUAUCCUCGAUCAGCGUUAGGAGUCGCCUGUACAGUAGGCUUCGCAGGGCCCUUGGCAAACCAGCUGGCGCUAGCAAGAAGAGUAAUCUUCCACCCAACAGCUUGACCAAGCAUUUCAAUUGGAACGAAAUCGCGACCUUGGUUCGCCUCGUCUCGGCUCUGGGAACAAUGCAACCCAAGCAAGCUGGGAUCACCCAACUCUUCGUACCGGAACUUUGCCAUCUCGUCACCCUCACUGCCGCAGAAGGUCCUUCGCUGGUGCGCAAGUCUGUAUAUGGAACUGUUGUCAACCUUUUGCAAGGCUUGUACAUCUCGCGAUCGGAAGAGCUGUCUGGUCCAGAGUUGAUGCAGCUGAUGGAGACAUGCACCACGCCCGCCACCCUCAAGAUGUUUGGUUUGGCGCGGGACACGCCCACGAGCGAGUACACGAGCUGGGAUCCCUCUUCGGAUCGUGAACAGUUGGAUCAAUUGGAGGGUCUCGUCAAUUUGAUGCUUCGCAUUACAGAGGUUACUUCGGGGUCAAGGGGCCUGCUCAAUAUUUGGAGAGCACGGUGGAUGGGUUUGGUUACUGCAGCUGCAUUCCAAGUCUCCCCUGUGGUUCAGACCCGAGCCUUCGUUGUGCUCGGAGCGCUUGCAAACGCGGACGUCGACGAUGACUUCGUUUACCAGAUCCUCGUGGCAUUGAAGACCGCCUUUUCGAAACCCCCAGACGUCAACAACACCGCUAUCGUCAGCAUGCUUCGCUGCCUUUGCAAGAUCAUCCCCGUACUUCAGCACGGUUCGCGAUACCUUCACAUGUUCUUCUGGCUGGCAGUUGCGUUGUUACAAUCAUCGCACCCCAGCUACUACAACGAAGCUGCCAAUCUCCUCACGAUUUCAUUGGAUGCGUUGGAAGAACGCGGGUACUUCAGGCGGGGUUCCAUGACGCACUUCCUGUUGGAAAUGCGGGCACAACUGGAGGACCAGCAGGAUCUCCUCGACGACCUUUCGUUCAUCUCCUUCGAGCAGCACUUCUCGAUAUCCCUGGCGCACGUCAUCUUCAAAGGAAUGCGGCACGCUUUCUCGAGAGAUGCUGCGGAAAAGGCACUACGACGCCUGCUCACCAUCUCUGCCAAGACGCACAACCAAUUCAACGAUCGCGCGUUCAACGGGUACAGCAGUGUCCUGUGCCCGGACGUGCUCGGAUACUUCCUUGCUCUCCUGCCCGUUUCGACGACCGCGGCGUCGUAUCGAAGGUUGUUGAAGGAGAGCUUGGUCGAUGAUGCCUGGCAUCAAGAUGCAGGGCUUCCUGACGUGGAAAAUGACGAUACCUCUGCUCCGAGGGUUACCCCUCCCUUCUUGGGAAUUAAUGAUUCUGCUACGGCUUUGCUGGUUGCAAUGUUCGCUGCUGUCGCUAUCACCACUGCGCAAGGAGACGAUGCAGAGACGGAGAUGUGGUAUGGGUUGCUUUCGGACUUGGCUACGAGCUUCCCCGAUGUCAUGGCCCUCAUAUAUGAUAGCCUGAAGGACAAGUUCCAGCUCACCUUUGCCUCGUCCUCCAAUCCCAACGCGAUUCGAUCGGCUACCAACAUCUUCCGCGUGUGGUCUUCUCUGCAACCGGAAGGACUGCGCUACGAGAACAAGCCUCGUGGUUCCUCGGCCUCGACAUUGGAGAAGCAGGAGGAAAGGUUCUUCGCGAGCAGAGACCUCUUGAUUGCCCUAGAAGAACUGAACAUGGUCGGACUGGCGUACAACCACAAUUUCCUCCCGCCUGGUCAUAUUGGUUCUGCCAGGGUGAUCCAUUGGAUCAACAACCUAGUGGCCAUUAUUUCAUAGUCGUCGCUGCCCCUCCUGUCGUUAUAUAUAUUAUUCCGAUCUUUGUUUCGUUUUCUGCUGUCAUUUGUCGGUUGUUGGGAUACUUUUGCGGGCAUACACUUUUUUUUGUUUUGUUUUCCAUCCUGUUUCAUGUACACCACGAGUAAAAGGCUAGCACUAAUUCUGUAGCACUAGAACUACGCAAAAGACUCUAUUUUGCGCCCCU